GAGAGCUGUCAUAACUUUUUUCUUCGGCCAUCCGUCUGUCGUGCGAUUCAUUCCAGUCUUCGUAGGAAAACUCGUUGUUCCUUGGUGCUUAUUUCCCAAUUUACACCGAUUAGAAAAUGCAGGCUCUGCGUCCAUUGACCAAUUUGGCUGCCCGCAAUGGAGCCUUCUUUGCCCGCAGCUACCAUGGCCCGAGCAACUUCCGGGUGUUUACCAUGAACGACAUGCCCGUCCCGGAAGGCGAUUUCUUCGAGGAGCACCGCCGCAAGAACCGCACCUACAAUGCAGUGCUGGGCGCCGGAAUCAUCAUCUUCGGAAUUACCUUGACCAUUGCUAAGGAGUCCGGCUUGAUCUACCUGAACUCUAGCCCACCAAAGAGCCUCGAUUAAGCUGGGAAGUGGAUGCUGAUUGCGUGAUAGAUUUGCUAGCAGCAAGCAAGUGUAAUUCAACAUGUUAUGUGUAAAAUAAACCCAAUCGAUGGAAUAA